UUUUCUUUCUUUCCACUUGUGACCAAUACUGAUCUCCUGAUGAAUGCGUCCCGUCACAGGCUGAUCGGAAGACACCCAAGUCAUUUAGGAGCUGUGUGUCCUCGGAAAUUAACUCAGAACCACUGUUGUGUUUUAUUUGUACUGCUUUUGGGAUCCUUUAUCCAUUUUUAAGAAUUUUCUCAGGGGGAGAUCAGACAAGCUCGUCCCCCGCAUCACGGUCAUGGAGGCAACUGAUGUCUAUCUAACCAGUAACGGCGAGUGCUCUCCCAGGAAGGAGGGCAGCAGAAUGCAGGUGGACCUGUCGCUCCACACACACAACGGGCAACAUUCCCAAAGUCCCACAUCUUCUGCCGCUCACAAGAUCAAACAGGAGGAGGGCGCUGAGGAAGACACCGAAAGAAGAGCCGUAAGCCAAGAUGAGACGGUCCACAGUGGUGAAGAAGGCUCCAUAUUGGAAGAGCCAAUGGUUGACAGCCCGAACAACCUACAGGAUGUCGGAGGAGGGGCCGAGGCACCACCUGACACUGUGACACGCCUCCCCAAUGGUGAUCGUCCGUUUCAGUGCAGCCAGUGCGGCGUGUCCUUCACCCAAAAAGGAAACCUGCUGAGACACAUCAAACUUCACACAGGCGAGAAACCCUUCAAGUGCCCAUUCUGUAGCUAUGCCUGCCGCCGCCGUGACGCCCUCACAGGUCACCUGCGCACGCACUCUGUGGGUAAACCACACAAGUGUAACUACUGUGGGCGGAGCUACAAGCAGCGCACCUCAUUGGAGGAGCACAAAGAGAGGUGCCAUAAUUACUUGCAGAGUGGUGGCAUGGACCCCAACCCUAAUCCGGGUCCGUAUGCAGCAGAGGUUCCUAAAGAGCCGAGACCUCUGACUGAGGUCACCAGCAUCGUGCCCUUCGAACGACCGCCUGUCAUCGAGAGAUUGCAGGCCAACGUGGCCAAGAGGAAGAGCACCACGCCGCAGAAAUUUGUUGGAGAGAAGAUGAUGCGUUACUCGUACCCUGAUCUGAACUUUGACGUUGGCCUCAAGUACGAGAAGGAAGCAGAGAUCAUGCAGGCUCACAUGAUGGACCAGGCCCUCAGUAGCACCGUCGCUUAUAUGAACAGCGAUACCUUGCGUCCGAUAAUGUCUCACCCGCCGAUGGCCAUGCCCGAAGUGGUGCCCAUGGUCAACCCUCUGUUCCACUCUGUGUACCCCCUCGGCCCGCGCCUGGAGCGCCCGAGCAGCCGCGAGUCUCUCCAUCUGCCUCACCAUCCAGCCCACCAAGCAGAGUUUUCCGUCCGCGCAAAUGGUGCCAUCACACUUGCAAGGCCCAAAGCCUCCCAGGCUCUGCGAGGUGAUGUGCACGACGGGCGCGAUCACUCACCCAGCAACAGCGGCCACGAUUCAGCCGACUCGGCUCGCAGCAGCCCACGUGACAAACUGGUGAAUCAGACGAAUGCCAGCGUCAGGGCAGCGUUGGCACGGCCAGACGAGAGCAGCCACCAGCCAGGCAUCAGAGACAGGAUCCGAGUGUUCGGCCCAGAAGGAAACGAGGUGCGGGUGUUCCAGUGCGAGCACUGCCGUGUGCUGUUUUUAGAUCACGUCAUGUACACCAUCCACAUGGGCUGCCACGGCUACAGAGACCCCCUCGAGUGUAACAUCUGUGGCCACUGCUGCAAAGAUCGCUAUGAGUUCUCCUCGCACAUCGUCCGUGGAGUGCACACCUUUCGUUAAGGAGACGCCUGGGAUCCACCACACAACGAGCCAAGCGACGAUACACACCAAAUACGGAUAUGAAGUUUUCGGUCCAGCAGGUUUUGAUUUUGAUUUUGAAGGCGAUACUUAUGGGAGAGGGUUUUAGUUGAAAUAUGUAAAUGAUGUGAACGAUGUGUUAUAGACAGACACUCACUCUUUUAUUAUUGCUAUUUUUUUUAACCUACUGCACCGUCCAAAAAAAAAAAAGAAAAUCAAAAACAAAAAAACAGAGCAGCUAUAUUACCUUAAACAUCAUGAAGGGUUUUUUUUUCCUUUUUUUUGUGUGUCUAUGUGUGUGUGAGAGGUUUUAAUCUUUUCUUGCUGUCAUUCCUGUCCCAAAAGGACUUUUAGAGAUUUUAUAGAUAUCGCCAUAUGAGAGAAUCAGGAACAAAGUGCACUUGCAUGCAAGGGACCUUCAGGGGAUUUGGGAAUUUUUGUUUGUUUGUUUGUGCCGCUGCUGUGUUUUCUCAGUGCCUUGCCGAUGGAUGUUUUGACUGUUAUGAUUUCGAGCUUGCCUUUUCCAUCAUCUUUUGACACCAUAUCAUUAUAACUUUAGCAUUAGAGGUUGCUUUUGUUUCUUGUUUAUUUCUUUUUUGAUUUGACGAUGAGUUUGUGCAGGAUCACACUCUCUUGUUGUCCCUCCUGAUGAUGUGCUACCUGCACUCCCCGUGCUGGCGUUGUGUGUCGCUUGUAGCCACGUUAAUACACCAUCAGGCAACAAUAUGACUUUGUUUUCCUUUCUUUCUUUUAAGCGGCACACCUUACCGAGCCUCUUCACUGCACCGGUAGCACCGUGUCUUAUCUGUUUGUCACUGUAGCGUCUCCUUCACUAACCCACUCACUCAACAGGUAACGAUUACAGCUCGCACUUUACUUCCUACGCUGCUUUAUGAAAAUUGUUAUGAUUAUUAAAGCUCUAAUCUGGAGUGCUGGGUAUUUGCUUCUUUUCUUACACCUCAGGUUAGAAUUGAGUUCUUAUUUAAUUGAAAAAAAAAAAGGUAGGUUCUUGAAUGUUGUCGAUGAAAGUUUUCUGAUCUGCACGUAAACCUCAACCUGAUCCACUGUUUGUGAAUUGUACACCAGAAAAUCCUCUACUGCUGUCGAUAGAGUGAUUAAUUUAACUCAGUUCACACUGAUUUUUAUUGUUAUUAUUAUUUCAGUUUAUUAUGACAAACAACAACUGUUUACAGUUCUGUAUCCAAAUAUUCUCUACGGUUGAAAUAAAAAAUAAAUCAAUUUCUAAAGCAAAAUCUAUUCUCCAACAUCCAAUAUAAUUAUAUCGUACCACAGCACUUAAAUUCUCUCAUCUGAUUGGUCGAUUCUGAAGGUUGAUUAAUUUCCAAUAUUUAACAAUUAAUUCACAGUUAUUCCAUGAAAUUGAGUCAUACAUAAACUGAUAGCAGACAAAGCGCGUAGCACAGAGUUGUCUAUAAGCCAUGUACGACGAGAUUGAGUGGAAUAACUUUUUUAUUCUAUCCGCAUUCACUGGAUUUUGAGAAACGGAGCAUUUUUAUUUUUCUGCAAAUUCGAUAAAUAAAAACUUCACACAAAACGCCCAACAAAAUCACUUCCGCUUAGAAUGUAAACAAACUGGCAAAAUGACAGGAGCAAUUUGUGAAAAAUGCAAUAAUAAUAAUUCUUGAAAAAAAAAAAUAUAUAUAUAUAUAUAUAUAUAUAUAUGUGUGUGUGUGUUCUUAUGAUCAAAUACUUUCAUUCCAUGUUUUGCUGCUUUUUUGUAUUUUGGGGGGGUUUUGUUUUCGAGUCGAGUUUUUAUUUCAUCCUCGGAUGGUUCAGUAACACACUCCGCCAUUUUGUUUUUCUCUACUCACGGUAUAUGAGCUAAUAUCCUAGUAGUAGAGUAGCCAAUCAGAGCGUGUGAUUGCUCAUGUCCAGUGAAUGUAGAUAUUUACCGAUAUUCACUGAGCCCGAGGCGGAUAAUUGUUUUAGUAUAAAUACACAGGUGAUUAUGCUAAAAAAAUGUAUAAAAAUAACUUAUUUCAAACUUCAAAAGCAGAAUGUAAAUGUAAUAACGGCACGGCGCAGAUUUGUGUCACUUCUCUAUGCCGAGUCACAUAAAAUACUCUGUUUUGAAAUUGAUAAAAUAAAUCACAAUUCCACCUUACCUUAGAAUAGUUUUUGACCAAACUUCAUAGCAUCUUUAGUGCUUUUAGGAACAGCAUUUUCAUUCAUAAUGUUUAAUUCUUCCUCACUUAAGGUGAUGAGGUGUAUUUUGGCCGCCAUUUUGUCGAAUCACUUGAGGUGAUUAUCGAGAAAUAGUCCUAAUUUCGCAACCGAUCAGCACUUGAGAUUUUCUAUAAUCACCUGCGUAUUUAUACUACUAAUAAUAAUUAACAGCUGUAUAUGUACAUUUCUAUCCUCAAGACAAGUGUUGUCUCCUAUAAGACAUUAACUAGACAUCUUUAAAAUAAUUUUCUGUUUCUUGCAGAGUUCUGCAUGUUAAUUAUUUUAAUAGUUAUACAGUAUUUUUAACAUUGUUUUGAUUCGCUGGAUUUAAUAAUACUUCUCGCUCGAGCCGAUGCCACGAAAGAAAAAAAUGGACUUAAGUUCAAAGUUAGAUUUGUGUGUAACUGAGAUGUGUGUAACUUUUUCUUCAGACUCUUCCGCGUUUGCGUAAAUAGUAGAGCUUCAGUUUUGAUUGGCUUUAACUUCAGCUUUAAUUCUUCCUCGCUUAUGGUGACGAAGCGCAUUUUGGCCGCCAUUUUGCUGAGUUGCUCGAGGUGAUUAUCGAGAAAUAGUCUGAAUUUCUCGACCAAUCAGCAAACAUGAUUUUCUAUAAUCACCCGUGUAUUUACUGUAUACUAACAGUAGUUAAUGUUGCAUGAAAAAUCAGUUUUAUUAUUAUUAUUAUUAUUAUUAUUAUUAUUAUUCAGCCCUGCGAUAACCUGGCGACUUGUCCAGGGUGUACCCUGCCUCUUGUCCAUCGUCAGCUGGGAUAGGCUCCAGCUUGCCUGCGACCCUGCACAGGAUAAGCGGCUACAGAUGAUGGAUGGAUGGAUGGAUGGAUGGAUGGAUUAUUAUCAUUAUUAUUAUUAUUGUGUAAAAUUACAUUAUUAUUAUUAUUAUUAUUAUUAUUAUUAUUAUUAUUAUUAUUGCACUUGUUGUAAUUCGGUUUAAUUUCUAUCGUAACAUCCUACCCAGGGAGUGGCUUGUGUGUACAGCGGAAGCUCAUUAUACAUAAAUAACAUUUACAAAAUGUCUGGUUUAUAUGCUGAAGGUUUCUCUGAGGUCAUGAUUUUUAGUCACAAUUUACUUCAAUAAUUGACUUCAAGAGAAAUAAAUAAGGCAAGACUGGGGAGGGAAUGAGUGUUUGUCGCUGCUAUAACUCGUUCAUAAUGUCGUGAACGUCCCACGAUAUUAAAUGUAACAAUAAAUUGAUAAACAGUGCGUCGUUCUUUAAUAAACUCCAAAUAUAGUGCUGUGCUAUAAGAGGAAUAAAACCCUUCAGGAAAACAAUCAGCAGCGGUAACGGUUACUCCGUUUCAUCACACCAUGAUGAUGUCAUUGAUUAUUUUCCUGUGACAGCAUGCCUGCCUGUACGUGUUUUUUAUUCUUUACUUUUAACUCAUUUUAGUCCGUUAAUCAUGAUAAUUCAUUGGACAGUGGAUUUAAAGUGAAAAUUUGGACAGAAUCAUAGAUUAGGUCGGCGUUUGUGUUUAAACCUGGUGAGGAUCUUGCUUUGGCAUUAUUCUUCUCAGCAUAUGAAAGUUCGCAUGGCCUGGAUAUUAUGAACAGUUUCGAUGACCUGACACUUGUAGCUUUAUUGCUUCCUGUUUCUUCAGUGCUUUGAACACUCUCUCUCUUUUUUUUCUCGGCUGCAUGGUGAUCAGUGUUAGUGUUGUGUGCUUUCUGAGCUUUUCACAUUUUCUCUCAUUUACUAAGUGGAUUCUGGGUAAAAACUGUGAAUGAUCUCAAGGCCGUGAGUCGUAGCACUGAUCGAACACACACAUUCCUUUUUACAUAAAGCGUUGUUACAUGUAACAUGCAUUGUUGUUGUUGUUUGUUUUUUAUUUUUUUGAACAAACAUAAGUAUUGAAAGUCCUUAAUGAAAUGACCAGUUGUAUGUAUUUUAUUUGAAUUUGUUUUCAUCUUUUCUGUGAGAGUCUUUUUUCCCUUUUCUUCUUUUUUUGUGCACUGUAGUUUUUAAGUGGAAAUUGUCAAUUAUUUGUCAAACAAGUCUGGAGAUACAUAUCAUUACAUAUCACGGCUUACACUCUGGAUUAUGUUUUUUAAAAAUUAUGUUGAACAAAAAAUGGACAAAAAGGACUCAAAGAUGGAGGUGAAGGACGUAUCGACGUAAGGACUAUGUUUACAGGUACAAGCACACGAGUGUUCAUUUAUUAAAUCUACAUUUUGGGAUUAGUGGAACGUACUUGAAGUUAAAUCAGUGGCACUCAGAGUUGAGCUUAAUAUCACGGGGUUGAUAGUUUAACAUUACUGUAAAUAUUUUGUGAAAGAAGUGUUUUUUAGUACUGUGGGCCACAUGAUCAGCAAAAACGAGGCCUUGCAGUGUAUUUUUAUAAAUGCAUUAUAUAUAUAUAUAUAUAUAUAUAUAUAUAUAUAUAUAUAUAUAUAUAUAUAUAUAUAUAUAUUGGCUCUAUGUAUGAAUGAAAUGCAGUAUAUUUUGGUACAGAAUUAAACUGGGUUUAUCUUUUAUUUGUUUGUUUGUUUGUUUGUUUUCUGUGUGUGUUUAAACUUUUGGACCUUCUCAGGUAUUGUGUUGCCAAGAUGCCGAUUAAAAAGUGGCAUCUUCAUGAACUGAUACAGUCAGAAGGGAUUUUUGAAGAGAAAAAAAAGUUUGUUUUUUUUUUAGAGAAAUACAGAAACAAGAUGUUAAUGUGUAAGACGUUUGACCCUCUGAAGGACAGAUGUAAGGUUUUGGAUUUUAAAACAUGGACUUUUUCUGCAUUAAAUACCUUUAAACUCUCA